AUGGAUCAACUUGCCUUUGCUCAUCAAUACUCGAGAGAAUAUCCUAAUGCUGAUGUUGACCAGGUUAGACUGGCAUACGAGAAAUACCUCAAAGAACAACAAGAGAGACAAGAGACAUUAUGGGUUAAUAGAGGAGCCACGAAGGAGAAUAAUUCGAAUGCU